AUGGACUCGGAAUUGGCGCUGUACAGUCCUUUGGCCACCACCACCACCGCCACGGCCACCGGCGGCGCCGCCACGCCCGCGGCGGAGAGCCCGGCCCCCGUCCUCUUCCACCCGCAGCGGCCGCGGCCGUCCACCGGCGCCGGCGCCGGCCGGCGGCUGUCAAUCUCGUCGUCGACGUCGAAGGACCGGCACACAAAGGUGAACGGGCGCGGGCGGCGGGUGCGCAUGCCGGCGCUGACGGCGGCGAGGAUCUUCCAGCUAACGCGGGAGCUGGGGCACCGCUCCGACGGGGAGACAAUCGAGUGGCUCCUCCGGCAGGCCGAGCCCUCCAUCAUCGCCGCCACCGGCUCGGGGGUCGCCCCAGCGGCGGCGGCGACCACCUGCUCGGAUUCCUCUUCCCCCGGCGGCGCCGCCGGGGGACGGGUUGGAGGGAUCAUCGCCACCAUCCCGACGGCGUUCUUCCCUGUAAACGCCGUGGAGUUGUUCUCCUCCGCCGGGGGGGGGGCUUUCCACCGCGUCCCCUACUACACGUCGAUGCUGAUGUGCCCUCCGGCGGGCGACGAACAGGGAGACCAGCAGGAACCGCGGUGGCCGGAGGAGGAGCAGCGCAGAUCGCCGGAGGACUCGUCGGUCUCGCAGAGUUGA